AUGUUGGUAUAUGGCACCGACGCUGUGAUACCCGCAGAGGUCGAGAUACCAUCCUUAAGAGUCAUCCAAGAAGCCAAGUUAGACGAUACAGAGUGUAUAUGGUUCAGACAGGAGCAACUCAUGCUCAUUGAUGAGAAGAGAAUGGAUGCAGUAUGCCAUGAUCAGCUAUAUCAAAAUAGGAUGGCCAAUGCAAUUAACAAAAGGGUGAAGCCUCUCCAGUUUACACCGGGGCAAUUGGUUCUGAAGAAAAUCUUCCCCCACCAGGAAGAAGCUAAAGGAAAGUUAGUUUUGAAUUGGCAAGGUCCUUACGUGGUCCACCGAGUGUUGUUGGGUGGAGAUCUAAUCUUGGCAGAGAUGGACGAAAGGCUUACAGGCAUGAUUGUGUUUUCCUUCAAGUCAAUCGCUCCCAUCAAGCGGAGAUACUUUACAUUUUCAGUGCAAAGAUCUCCCAACAAGCCUCUCGCAUUUUACAAGUCAAUUGCUCCUAUCAAGCGGAGAUACUUUACAUUUUAA